ACUUUAAUUAUGCUUUUGAUUUUGAUUCAAGUUUAAAUUUUAGUACCUAAACACAGAAGAUUUUACUUAAUUAACUAUAGUCGUUUAAACGUGAGUAGGUAGGUAUAACUUGCUACAAACGUAAUGCCGCAGUCAGUAAAAAACGAUCAUGGAACAACAACAGUGAUAGUACCUAUAAAACCCCUAUUUGAUGCUAAAUCUAGAAAUGUGAGUCGAAUUCCUCAACGAAUAAGGAUGGUCCGUAAAGGCUACAUUCAUAAUUAUUCCAAUUCUUCGCGUUCUAAGUCAGCAUCUCGGUCAGAAGCUGGCUCAAAUAACUCACAAAGAACACAUAAAGCAAGGCACAAACUAUCAACUGUAAAAAUUAACAGAAGACUGUCGGGUCCACAAAGUAGGAAGGCACAUCAAGAUUGCACCAGAGCUCAACCAAUUCCAAAAGGUCCUGUGAUGCGGAAAAAAGUAACAAAUGGGAUCUCUCACAAGCCCAGUGGAUUACCAGAUCAGGUCACUGUCAAAAAACUUGAAGAGGCUGAAAUAAAAGGCGAUUACUCAAAGGAGAAUAGUCUGAUAAGCAGUACCAAUAAAAGCUCACAUGAGACAGAUGCAGACGCGGGAGACAUGGUUCUUACUGAAACAGAUGAAAUAUCACUACUGCAGAUAAAUUGGCAGGAAAAACUAACAAAGUAUGAGCAGAUGAAAACAGAUUUGAACACAAGUCAGCGAGACAUAAUGCAGAUGUACGCGAGCCUCCGCGACGCACACAACAGGCUGUGUGCCGUGGGGCUGGAGCCGGCACCGAUGCCGCCCGCGCAGGACCUCAGGGUCAUGAACGUCGCCAGCUUGACCCCCGCACAGGUCAUGGAAAUUUGCGGAAAAGACUUGAUAAAUGUGAAUUCUUUAAUUGAUAUGGAUAAGUUACACAAAGUGCAUGAUGACAUACUAGCGGCCUGUAACAUGGCUUUACUGAAAAGGAAUGAAAUCAUUGAUUGGAUGAGUACUAUUAUCAAGAAUGAUGAGAAGGUAAGAUAUGGUAUAAAAUUAAACUCUUUUAAAAGAAAAAUAAAUGAAUUCACGCUGGGUAGUAAAAAGCUCGAGGCGGAUAUGGAAGCUAUUAAAAUUGGUUUCGAUAAUGGAGUUAAGGAAGUAAUGGACUUCAUCACGAAGAGCAUACACGACACGAUGGCGUUGCAGCUGCGAAAUGAGGAAUUGAAUUCAGCGUUAACGGAACUCCACUCACAGACAGCAGACCUUCGGAAGCAGUUGCAAACGAAUCAUCGCGUCUAUAGUGCUAAGCAAAAGACUGAGGACUUAGAAAAAGAAUUAAAAGAAGAAAAAUGCAGAAAGAACAUAAUUAAAGAAAGACUGAUGAAAGCGGAAGUUCUAUUGAAAGCUGCAACUGAGAAAGUAGUUCAGCUAGAGUUUGAACUGGAUGACGCUAAGUCCGUGGCCUGGAACAUGGAAGAGAAGGUUCAUGAUCUCCAGGAACAAAACAUGAAUUUGCAAAGAGAAUUCAACAAAGAGUUGAACAAGCUGAGGCAGUCGAUACAGGAUAACACCGUUCACCUGAAAGAAAUUGCCAGCGCUCGUGAGCAGCUUCAAAUUGAGAAAUAUGAGCUUGAAAAUCAAAGAGAACAACAAAUGGCAUAUUACAAAACUACAUUUGAUGAUAUGCAAAACAACCAGAAAAGUAUUGAAAAUAAUUUAAAAGAGACCGAAGAGAAGCUGCAAGUUUGUAAUGAUGACAAGAAUCAGAUCGCGUUAGAAAUGGAAUCAGUGCGUGAAGAUUUAGUUCUAACAAGGAGACAGCUGGAAGACUACGUUAAAAAAUUGGAAGAAAAAGAUGCAGAACUACGAAAAGCCCAAGUUUCACAUCAGGAAAUGAAUGAAACUUUGAAGGAAAAAACGUUGGAAAUAAGAGAAUUAAAAAAUAAGAUGAUUCAAGUAAAUGAAAUAAUAAUCUCCAAUGAGCAUGACCUUAAAGUUCUUAAGGAAAAGACGGAAUUAGUAGAUGAACUAAAGUGCGAUCUAUUAAAAAAGGAAACGCUUCUGACAGAACUUCAAAACGCGAAGCAUGAAUUAGAAGACAAAAUACAAGAACGGAACUAUACAAUACAAAAAUAUCAAGAUCAGGAGUCAAUCAUAAGGCGACACAUGGACUUAUUCAAAGAAGAUAUUGGGGACUUCAUAGAUCUGAACAAUCUUCGCCAAAUAAUGCGGGGACAAAUUUCAAAGAUCACGGAUAUGACUACAAAGAAUAAAAUACUGACCGAUGAUUUACAAAAGAAGGAAACUGAAUGCUUGAAAAUUGUCGAAAGAAACAAUAAUCUAGACUUGCUUUUAAAACAAAAGAAUGAGGUUCUUAAACAAUUAUCUGACAAAGAACAAGAGCAGAAUGAAAUAAUUGAAUUGCUUCAAGCCGACAUAGCCAUGAGAAUGGAAAUGGAUACAAAGGCAAACAAAACACUGUCAGAAAAAGAUAUAGAAAUUGAGUCGUUAACGAACAAUGUUGAAAAGAGAAAAGAACAAAUAAAAGAAUUAGAGACCAUAGUACACACACUAGAGGAGCAAAAUCGAACUAUGAACGUGCAGAGGCAAUUAGACCGUGAGACAAUCAACAGUCUUGAGGACAGGAUAGCGGGCUAUGAAUCACUCUGCGCCGAGCUACAAGAAAACGUUGAUCUUCCCAAAGACAACAUCGAAAAUCUAAUGAAAAUCUUGGAAAAAGAAUUACUUCCCUACGAUCACGAGCAAACUGGUGACUCCAAUUCCUUUGUUUACCCUAGUAGAAAAUAUAAACCAGACUUAUUACUAUCAAAUAAUAGAAGUCCAGAAUACAAAAUGGAGGGACGUAAAAAGUUAUCCCCGACGCGCGGGUUUACACAGAGAGUACCAAUGAAAAUAGUUACUGCAAACUCUAAAUGCCAAGGAGAGAGCGACAGCUCGUGUUCGAAAUCGACACGUGGAAAGGUAAUAUCAAAAUUUCCUACAGAUAGGAACAUUUACUCUACUCUCCACCGACUUGAGUCCGACUCCUCAAGACCGUCCAAUCGAAUAAGGAAUGAAAAAAACAUGCUGAAAUUAGCCUGCCAUAGAAUGAGGUGAUUUCAUUGUAUCGAGAGUACCUUCAGUUGUGAGUGUGUUUAGGCGUGCUAAGUUUCAGUGCUUACUUGCUGAAAUUUGUUCGAAUCUUGUGUGAUGUUUUUAAAUUAAACCAAGAAUUAUGUUUAAACUUUUAUUUUAAAUAAAAUGACCUGUCAAAAUAA